AUGCUCACCCCACAUCUGAACACCUCACUCGUGGCCCUGCUGCCAUCCUGGGGUGACCUGGAUUUAGCCUGUGAGGAGCUCAUUGUACCAGGGAUUCCUGGGGCAGAGCAUGCAAUCAGUUUGCAGGGAGCAGUCGCAGCAACAGGAAAGAUGCAGAAGCACAAUCAGAAGGAGCACCUCUACAAGCUGCUGGUGAUUGGGGACCUGGGAGUGGGCAAAACCAGCAUCAUCAAACGCUAUGUCCACCAGAACUUCUCCCCCCACUACCGGGCCACCAUCGGUGUGGACUUUGCCUUGAAGGUCCUCAGCUGGGAUGCUGAGACUGUGGUACGGCUGCAGCUCUGGGAUAUUGCGGGUCAGGAAAGAUUUGGAAACAUGACCAGGGUCUAUUACAGAGAGGCCAUGGGGGCGUUCAUUGUCUUUGAUGUUACAAGAUCCGCAACAUUUGAAGCAGUGACAAAAUGGAAAGAGGAUUUGGACUCUAAGCUGGUUCUUCCAAAUGGCAAACCUGUGCCAACAGUCCUGUUAGCAAACAAAUGUGACCAGGGAAUAGAUGUUCUUAUGAACAACGGCAUCAAGAUGGAUCAGUUCUGCAAAGAAAAUGGGUUCGUGGGAUGGUUUGAAACAUCAGCCAAGGAAAAUAUAAACAUCAAUGAAGCUUCCAGAUGCCUGGUGAAACACAUAAUUGCUAGUGAGAGCGAUCCAGUUCAGCCUAUUGAACCAGAUAUUAUAAAACCACACUUGAAUUCCAGCAAGAUUGUCAGUUGUUCAGCUUGCUUUAAAUCCUAA